AUGCGUAUGCAUCUCAUUUUCUCCUGUCUUGCUGGACUGGUUGCCGUGAGAGCGGCCAAAAUUUCCCCGCGGGAUGAUUCAAACUUCGUCGCAACUACGGGAGGCAUAUGUUGCAGCCAAGGCACAACGGACCCAAACAACCUUUGCAAGAAUUUUAACCUGGACGCAUUCUGCUGCUCUAGUUAUCCCAACAAUGUGGAUAGCGGAUGUGAUAAUCUUAACGAUUUCAAUAUAGGACGCGAAGUGCUCCUAACCUUGAGUGAGACGAUUUACAAAUGCUUUUCAGGGGACAGCACUGGAUUUGUUGGAUGUGCUAAUAGCACAGCCUGA